GAGGACAUGAACUUGAAUGAGGACAAAAAGGCUCCUUUGAGGGAAAAAGACCUCAACACAAAGCGAGAAAUGGUCAUCCAGUAUGUUUUUUGCUUCCUCAAAAACAGGUAGCCUGAAGAAAAGCUAUCAGAUAUCUCCUCAGGAAUUCCUCAACGAGCUGAAGUCAGGGGUGACGGACGAACGCCUGUUUGCCUGUCUAGACUCAUUGCGAGUGUCGCUGACGAGCAACACUGUGAGCUGGGUGCAGAACUUUGGGCAUGAGGGCCUCGGACUACUGCUGGACGUUUUGGAGAGGUUGCUGUUCAAGAAGCAGCAGGAGAAGAUUGACAAAAAGAACCAACAUAAAAUUGUCCAGUGUCUCAAAGCCUUCAUGAACAAUAAGUAUGGCUUGGAUCGAAUCCUGGGCGAGGAGAAAAGCCUCGCCUUGCUAGCGAGAGCCAUUGACCCCAGCCAGUCUGCCAUGAUGACCGACGUUGUCAAGCUGCUGUCCGCCAUCUGCAUUGUUGGCGAGGAGAACACCUUGGAGAAGGUUCUUGAGGCCAUUACAACAGCAGGGGAGUGGCGAGCGAUCGAGCGUUUCAGUCCAAUUGUGCAGGGACUCCGAGAUCGCACCAUUCAGCUACAGGUGGCAUGCAUGCAGCUCAUCAAUGCCCUCGUAACAUCUCCCGAUGAGCUGGACUUCAGGCUGCAUAUCAGAAAUGAGUUCAUGCGCUGCGGCCUCAAAGAGAUAUUGCCGCAACUGAUGACCAUCAGGAACGAGGCCCUGGACAUUCAGCUGAAGGUUUUUGAGGAGCAUAAGGAGGAAGACAUGAUGGAGUUCUCUCACAGAUUGGAAGACAUCAGGAGUGAAAUAGAUGAUGCGGGGGACGCGUUCAGUAUUGUGUUGAGCAUGGUGAAGGACAGCAGUGCAGAGCCAUAUUUCCUCUCCAUCCUGCAGCACCUCAUGCUUAUUCGCAAUGAUCACUUGGUCAGGCCCCAGUACUUUAAGAUCAUCGAUGAGUGCAUUUCUCAAGUCGUGCUGCACCGCAGUGGCACUGACCCCGACUUCAGUUACCGCAAGCGCCUAGAUGUGGACUUCAGUCACCUUUUGGAGGUGUGUGUGGACAAAGCUCGUGUCGAUGAGUACGAACAAAGAGCUUUAGAGCUGGCCCAGAAGUUCGAUGAAGAGUUCCUCAGCAGACAAGAGGCUCAGGCUCAGGUGGUUAAGUGUGAAGAACAAAUAGCCGGACUCCAAGCCGAGUUACAGGCCUUCAGGUCCCAGUUUGGGUCAGUGCCUGUCAGUGGGACCUCAGCCACGGCUGGAACGCCAUCCCCGCACCCCGCAUUCGCAUCCUUACCUCCAAGCUCCGGUGGCGAAUCAGGGGUGCCGGCUCCCCCGCCUCCUCCUCCUCCGCCUCCACCUCCGCCUCCUCUACCUGGAUGUCCUACUGCACCACCUCCACCUGGAAUACCUCCGUUUCUAGCCCCGCCUCCACCUCCUCUAACCUCCGGAGGUGGUUUCGGUUCCCCCACCCACCACACGCUGCCUUUUGGCCUCAGGCCGAAGAAGGAAUUCAAGCCUGAGACUUCAAUGAAGCGCCUCAACUGGUCAAAGAUUCGUCCACAGGAAAUGUCAGAAGAUUGUUUCUGGGUGUUGGCUGACGAGGACCAGUACGCCAAACCAGAACUACUCAGUAGAGUUGCUCUUACCUUUGGUUCACAGAGAACAGAAGCAAAAGACUGUGAGGAGAAUGUAGUCACGGAGGAGCCACCUAAAAAGGACGAAGAGGAUCUAGAGGAUAAGAAAUCCAUAAAGAAGAGGAUUAAAGAGCUCAAGGUGCUCGAUCCCAAGAUUGCACAAAAUCUCUCAAUCUUCUUGGGUUCCUACCGCAUGCCUUACCAGGAAAUACGUCGCAUGAUAGUGGAGGUGGAUGAGGAGCAGCUCACUGAACCUAUGAUCCAGAACCUUGUAAAGCACCUCCCAGAGCAGGAACAGCUGAACGCGCUGGCCAAGUACAAAAACGAGUACUCUAAUUUGUCAGAGCCUGAGCAGUUCGGGGUUGUGAUGAGCAGCAUGAAGCGGCUGCGACCUCGACUUAGCCACAUCCUAUUCCGACUCCAGUUUGAGGAGCACGUGAACAACCUGCGUCCGGACAUCCUGGCAGUAAACGCAGCGUGCGAAGAGGUCCGAAAGAGCCGCGCCUUUGGCCGCCUGCUGGAGCUGGUGCUGCUGCUGGGAAAUUACAUGAAUGCAGGAUCUCGAAAUGCCCAGUCAUACGGCUUUGACCUGAGUUCCCUCUGCAAGCUAAAGGACACAAAGUCUGCAGACCAGAAGACCACAUUGCUGCACUUCUUGGCAGAGGUUUGUGAGGAGCAGUUCCCCGAUGUGAUCAAGUUUGUUGACGAGCUGGAGCACGUGGAUCGAGCAAGCCGAGUUUCUGCAGAGAAUCUGGAAAAGAGCCUCAGGCAGAUGGAGAGGCAGCUGCUGCAGCUCGAGAGAGACCUGGAGACUUUCUCUUCCACCGAUGACCCUAACGACAUGUUCCUCACCAAAAUGGCUAGCUUCAGUAAAGUGGCGCAGGAGCAGUAUGGGAAGCUGGUGAUCAUGCACAGCAAUAUGGAGAGCAUGUAUCAGAACCUGCUGGAGUACUUUGCCGUCGAUCCCAAGAAGACGUCUGUGGAGGAGUUGUUCACUGACCUCAGCAACUUCCGCUCCAUGUUCACCCAAGCACUGAAGGAGAACUCUAGGCGGAGGGAGUUGGAGGAGAAGCAGAGGAGAGCACGGGCUGCAAAGGAGAAGGCUGAGCGUGAAAAGCAGGAGAGACAGCAGAAGAAGAGGAAGCUACUGGAAGUCAAUGCAGAGAACGAUGAGACAGGUGUGAUGGACAGUCUGCUGGAGGCCCUGCAGUCUGGAGCUGCUUUCAGAGAGCGUAGGAAGAGAGCGCCAAGACCCAAAGAUAACUACCAGCAGACGAUCAGCCCCAGCUCCUUCCGCCAGGUUCUCAGGCCCGUUAACUAUGAAAACAACAAGACACCUUUGCAAAGGUCUCGCUCCCGGCCGAUGGUAAAUGCGAGCUCGGUAGCGGCGAAAGCUCCCCCUGCCAAUGAGUCCGAGGGCCAUCCGUCUGCAGCCAGGGCCAAAGCUUCCGCCUGCUCUGAAGUGGGCCGCAACUACAAGAACGCUCCGGGUCACGGCUGCGGGCCGGACAGGGAGCGCGCUGCGGAGAGAGAGGCGGUCAGGCCGGCAGCGAAAAAGGCGGAAGUGGAAGCGGAGACUCCCGCCUUCCAGCCGUCUGAUGCCGACGCCAACAGAGAGCCGGACGUGGAGGCUCUCCUGGCCAGGCUCAGAGCGUUGUGAGAUUCAUUGCUCAUCACUGCAGCGAGGAUGUUGACGCUUGAUGACGCAAAAGCAAUCAAAACAGAAUUAAUCCCAAAAAGAUUUAGCAGAAUAUCUUCCUCAUAAGGGUAUUGAUUACUGCAUAUUAAUCAAAAGAAUUUUAGCAUUGCACUGAAAGAUGCAAGAUUGCUGAGCAGCUCUUUGUAUCGCAGCGGUAUUCAACAUUACAGAAACCCUUCACAUUAGUGAUUUUAAUAUUAUCCUAACCAUUUUUCCAGUUUUGAUUGCACAUUAGAGACUGUCCUUUGUAUGUUAGGGGUUUGAGACUAUAUCUGCAUCAGUUAUAUUUGAUAAUAAAAGCUUUUUAAUGCUCCUUUUUUCAUAUAAAAGAUUUGUAUUUUCUUUCUCUAUUUUUAUUUUCUACAUUUCAUAUUAAAUGCACUGGCUCUGAAGAACUUCUAAAAGUAUAAAUGAAUGUAAAUCAUAAAGAAUUAAGCCAUAAUUAUACUUUAAUGGUACUAGAAUCGGGGUUCCUACAGUCUUAAAAAGUCUGGAAAACAACAGUAUUUACUUUUAUUAUUUUUUUCCAGAUUUUCCAGACUUUUUAUUUCCUUUUUCCACUUCCUAAAAUCACAAAUAUCUAAAAGUCAUUUGUUUUUACAUUGAUUUAUAUUUAAAUCAAAUGCUUUGUCUUUCUUAUGACACAUCGCACCUUGAUUUUACCCAUCUGGAUUCUGGAUUUUUGAUCUAUUGACUGAAUGCUUACCCAUAAUAAAGGUAAUACCUUUUGCUACUUUUGUGGACUGAAGACAACUUUAAAUCUUGGUUGAACAGAACCCGCUUUUCUCGGAAAAAUGAGCUCUAAAACUGGUAUUUUUAGCUUGAGUUUCGCCAUCCAAAUAGAAGCAGCAAAGUUCACAAACCGUGUUUUAACGAUACUUCCUGUUUUUGUACUCAGAAGUCCAGAAAUUUGUAAAAAAAUAAAAAUAAGAAUCGUGUAGGAACCCUGCUGUAUGUUGUUUGUCUUUAAUUGUAACAUUUAUUUUGUGUUUGUGUUGUGAAUUUCCAAAACAUUUGUCUGCAGUACGUAAGUUUGCAACAAGGUCAAACUGUUGUCUAAAACAUGUCGGCUAUGCCGCUUAUCUUCAUGCUAACAUUCCCUCUGACGUCACUCACCGUGAACAUCUUUUUGUGUCUUUAUUUGUAUUCUUCAAUUUUUUGUAAUAAAAAAUCUAAGCAGUU